AUGAAUAACCAGGAGCGGGCCCCAGGCCCCACCCCGGCCCGGACCUUGGCUUCGGUCCGGGCCUCAGUUCCGGCCCCGAGUUCGACUGUGGUCAGAAACUCCAUCCCGGUCCGGACCUUGGCCCCGAUCCGGACCCCAAUCCCGUCCGGACAUCAACUCCCCAACACCGGUCUGGACCGCAACUCCAGUCCGCUCCCCCGACUCCGGUUCAGGAUCCCGACUCCGGCUGGGAUCCCAACCCCGUCCCCGUCUCGGAUCCUGGUCCCUGCCUUGGAACCCCUCCCAAACUCCGGCCUAUCUUCGGAUCAGCCCCCAGAACCUGAUCCCCAGCUCACUUUGUCGCCUGAUCAGGAUCCUGCGCCGACCCUGAGGGUGAAGCCCAUCCCAUCGUUCACCAAUGGCUUCGAUCCCACCCAAGAGCCCUUUCCUGCCCUUACUCCAUUGGCCACCGAUUUCCUGGGGUCCACCCUCGAGUCCAGCCCGAGGGCAGACCCAUCGGCCACCAAGUUGAUAGAUUCCACUUCUGGACAUAGCCUGGCGACGCCCAUCCUUGGGACCAUCCCGUUGGCCGUCACCUUACCGUUUUCUGCCAACGCAUUCGCCUCCACCAGCGAGAACAUCCAAGUGGACAACAAGAUCAUGAUUCGCGUGGUCUACUGUGGCCUCUGAAGCUAUGGCCUUAGGUAUAUCCUACUGAAAAAGAGCCUGGAGCAGCAAUUUCCAAAUUGUCUACUCUUUGAGGAGGACGUAUCUGCCCAGGCUACAGGGGAGUUUGAAGUGUUUGUGGACGGGAAACUGGUCCAUUCAAAGAAGAAAGGUGAUGGCUUUGUGGAUGAGACCAAGCUGCGGAAAAUUGUGAGCCUUAUCAAUGAGGAGAUCAAGAAAAGGUAGCAGGCAACUGGUGAGCCGGAGGAGCCUCAGCAGGAUGGCGAGAAGGGCUGAAAUGUUGCCAAGUCAGGUCCUUUUCUGAUGGUGGCUGGGGCUGGGGUGGGGUCAGGGAGGGGUGAAGAGGGAAAUACAUAGAGUUGGCCUCCCUGUGCUUUGGUCUGACUGUGUUUGCUGUCACCACAUUCACUCCUGACAUCUGAGGAAGUCACCUGCUACCUGCUACUGGGUUCCCAGCAUCUCCUAUGUCCUGGACCUGGGUGGUGGGGAGAGGAGGCCAGCUUUGAACAUGAGGCUAGUCCUCCUGCUCCUGAGCUUUGCUCCUGAUGGUCUAGCCUCAACUCCUCAUGCUGUUGAGGUCAGCAUCUUUCUUUUGUGGCUUUUUUAUUUCCCCUGCCCGGGUUCAAAAUAUGUUUUGAAAACUUCCCAUCUCAUUGGCAUUUUUAGAGGUUGAAAGAGAAAUAGGGAUUGUGGCAAGACAUCCCAGACUUCACUUCACAGGU